CCAUAAUACAUCGCUCUGCCACGUUCGGGCAAAAUAUUGCGUAUUUACCGGCGAAAUAACAAAUAUUUUUCACUGAUUCUGUCAUAGACAUGGGAGGGUCUCAGAGUUCUGAAGUUCCCGGAGGAGGAACGGAGGGUUAUCAUGUGUUGCGGGUUCAAGACAACUCACCUGGUUAUGCCGCUGGACUUGAGGCUUUCUUUGACUUCAUUGUCGCAAUUGGAAAUACAAGAUUGAAUCAAGAUAAUGACACACUCAAGGAGCUUUUGAAGUCGAACAUUGGAAAGCCAGUCCAAAUGACCGUGUACAGCAGUAAGACCCAGGCAGUAAGAGAGGUCGUUAUCUCGCCCAGCACAUCAUGGGGAGGGCAGGGACUUCUUGGUGUCAGCAUUAGAUUCUGCUCCUUUGAGGGGGCAAAUGAAAAUGUCUGGCAUGUGCUGGAAGUACAGCCCAAUUCUCCCGCGGACUUGGCCGGUCUUAAGUCCAACACUGACUAUAUCAUUGGGGCUGACUCCAUUCUACAUGAGUCAGAGGACUUGUUUACCCUUAUCGAGUCUCACGAAAGUAAACCAUUGAAGCUUUAUGUGUAUAACAGCGAGUCAGAUUCCUGUCGAGAGAUCACCAUCACCCCGAACUCUGCCUGGGGAGGGGAAGGCAGCCUUGGUUGUGGAAUAGGCUAUGGGUACCUGCACAGAAUACCAAAGUGCCAGUUUCCCACCUCUGCAGACUUUAAACUGCCACUGGGGGCACCACAGAUGUCCAGUGGAACUGACGGUUUUUCACAUGUCCCGUUGAGUAAUACUCCUGCAGGGGCCACCCAGGGCAUGGCUAAUCUCUCAUUAAACACUGGUACUCCGACCAUUCCUGUGAUCCCCUCAGCCCCACCAGCUGGUUUACAAGGAGCACCAGGGUUCCCAAACCAGCCUGCCCCUCUCCCAAACUUCUCACAUACUACAACACCCGUAGCUGGUGUGCCAUUUACCAGUAGCAUGCCAGGUUUGGGUACGUUACCUGGACCAUUACCACCGCUGCAAGCACCGUUAUCAAUACCAGGCAUGCCUCAAAUAUCUAUGCCACCAUUUACAACUGGUUCAACCACUCAGUUCCCAGGGGGAUUUCCUAUGCCAGCGACAUUACCAGGUGUAACACUGCCCAAUAUGACCAUGCCCGGAGUCACAAUACCUGGUAUGAGCAUGCCUAUCCAGCCCGCUACUCUCCCGACUACAUCGCCUGCAUUGUCAGGACCAGGAAUGGCGCCACAAGGAAGCACUGGAGCAAAUGCUGGAGCAGCCACUGCCCCUUGGAGCCCGCAGUCCAAUAUGCAAGCGGAACCACUCUUACCUAAUCAAGGGGCACAACCCAGUGAUCAAGGGACAUCACUCCAGCAGACCAAUACAGGGGAAACAACUGAGUCAAAACCUGUUACUGUUGAAGAUGGAGCUGCAGCUUCAUAAACAUUUAGAAAAUAGGAUUAAUUUAAUGGAUACUUUAUUAUUUUGUAAGUAAUUGUCUACUAAAAAUGAUGUUAAAUUUGAUACUUUAUUUAUGCAUUGUGAUUUCAUUAUUUUCAUGUCCCUAAACAGUAUGUGCUAUAUUCUACAUGUACAUAUGUAGUCAGCAUGGGUUACGAAUUAAGGGAAUUAAGGUUGAACGAGAUUUUUGUUUCAGAUGAGUUGACAUUUAGUUUUGAAUAAUUCUUUACUUAACUAUUUGAUUGUUUGAAGUUUUUUUUAAAAGACAGUCAUUUUCUCAAGUCAAGAUAUUUUACAAAACAAUUAUAUAAGGCACCCAGUACUAUCAACAAGCAUAAUAAAAGUAGUUAUCUAUUGUGAACAAAUUUGUUAAAAUUCAGCUUCAGGGAAUUAUUUUGCAUGAAUGCCCCUUUUGAACUCACAUAUUUUUAAAACCAUGGGUCGUGAGUCACAGUUAUGUUUUGAUCACAGAUAACUGAAGAUGCUCAUGUUUAAGAAUAAAAGUUCAAAAGUUAAAAACAAAACAAGGAGUAUAGGACUCUGGUCAGAAGCAGACAGAAUCAUGGAGCUGUGGGCUGAAUUAUGUGCAGUUGAAAUCUGUUCAGAUUAGCCUUGGGAGGGUCGGGGAUUCAAAUUUGCUUCUGAUGAUAAAUUUACCCCAAAUUUAUGCAAGUAGAUGUAUAUACUUGCAAAUACCCAAGUAAGGUAAAUUUGCCCCUUGUUGCCAAGUAGGACUGUACCAGUUGUGCCCCAUGUCUCAAGUAAGGUAAAUUUGCACCUUGUUGCCAAGUAAAACUGUACCAGUUAUGCCCCAUGAUUCAAUUAAGCUUUAUUUGCCUCUUGUUGCCAAGUAGGACUAUACCAUUUGUGCCCCAUGUUCCAAGUGAGGUCAUUGUGCCCCUGUGGGUAUUUCAUGUUGUGUAAACCCAGCAUAUAUUACACCUGCCACCUAUGAACUACAUUUUACAACCAAUAUGAUGUUUUCUAUUGUAAAUCAAAAUGUAAUUUAUAUAUGAGUCGACUAGACCUGAUAUUGUCAGAAAAAUUGCAUGUUAAAGAAUCAUGAAUUAAAUUUUAUUGAAUGUCUGUUUUAUGAGCUAAAGAAUACUUAAGCCUUAGUAAGAUGCAUUGGUUAUCAUUUAUCAAUAUUUUUAGUAGGAUGCAACCUUCUUUAUCACUUGUUAUCACUACAUAUCAGAUUGGCCAAUUUUGAUGUUUACAGUAUUCCAAAAUUUAUUGGUUCAAAGUCUUUUCAAGUGGUAAGAUUAAGCCAAUAUUGCAUCGAAUUGAGAAAACUUUUAAAAUUAGCCCAAAUCUUGGAAAGACCUGCAUAAUGUCAGCUGAAUGAUGGAUCUCUGUUUUUAAUAAAAGUGGUACCUCUUCAAGGGGCACUAUAUAGGUCUACACUUGAUAGAUGGACAUGAGAAACAUAAUAUUUUAAUGCAGUAUUAUGUUUAACUCAUUUGACUAUAUAAUAAUCAGAACAGAAAAAGCAUAUGAUUUAUGAACAUAAAAUAAAAGAUUUGAGAAAAAAUGAAUAAACAGAAAAUCUUCAGUUUGGAGCCCUGUUCACACUUUGUCCAGGAAUUGGGAAUGUACAUAUUUUAUCUUAAGUUAAAACAUUUGAAGGUUCUACCAUAUAUCUGGCAUAAUAUAACUUAAACAUAUGCUCAUGUUUAUCAUUGGAGAUUAUAAAGACUGCUUUGCAAUUAAAGCCAUUUACGAAUGUCUUUGAUAAUCUUUUGUGAAUGUCCACAGUGGUUUUGAAACACAGUGGUUUCUGUGAAUAUGAGGGUUAUAUGUGGGAUUUCUAUAAACAUGUAUACAAUAUACUGAAGCAUUUUUACUAAGUGAGAAUUGGCUGAUAUAUAUGUAAAUUCAACAUAUUUAUUGACAUUUUGAUUUGUAAAUAUUUUGUUUCAUACUUGAAAGAUUAUACUAUCACUGUGUUAUCAGAUAGUUUGACUUGAUACAUGGCAAAUGUUUCAUGAUAAGUUAUGAAGAGGGAAUAUUUUGACCUCAAUUGAAGUUUAUUAAACAUUAAGCCUUGAUCACAUUUGGUCAUACUGCAGUAGUGUAUCACUAUAUGUUAAAAGAACUGUUAUCAUCAAGAUAUAUUUAUUUAAAACGAUAUCUAUAUUUUGAUAAUAUGAAAUUAGUUAUAGUUUUAUGACAUGAAGUAAAAUCUUACUGAGUGAGCGUAGCGAAGAAGUCCUUCUGUAUCAUUAUUUUUUUUUACUUCAGGUCAUAUAAUUAACUUAGAACACAACCUUAUUGGCUGACGCUUUAUCAACACAAAAUCUGAUGCAGGGAUUGUGUAUUAGAUGAGUGGCAGUAGGCGGACCUCUAAACACCCGCAAAAGUUGAAAUUCUUAAUGAUUAAGCCUAUAUAUUAAUGAUUGGCUAUACCAUUGGCUGAAAAUGGAGGUUGUAUUAUAAUGGUAUUCAGUAAGAAUUAACACUCCAAAAAUAUUUUUGACUAAUAAAUGCUCAUUUUGAAAAUAGAACCCUUUUAUCAGUAUUGAAAAUAGCUUUAAAUUCAUAGUUUUAAAAACAGUGUUUUACAGUCUUUAUGCCCUUUUGAUUGAGAAACAGUAUGUAAGCCUAUUUGAUUUAGGAACAGUCUAUAAGUCUUUUUGAUUAAGAAACAGUCCAUAAGCCUUUUUUGAUUAAGAAAAAGUCUAUAAGCCUUUUAAUUGAGAAACAGUCUAUAAGCCUUUUUGAUUGAGGAAUUAUCGGUGCAAUACUAUAAAAUGUUCUGGAGUACUCUGUUUUCAUCUAUGUAGCUUUAUACCAGAACAUUAGAAACAUGUUGUUUAAUUGGAUGCUUGUAUUUUUAGGCAGAUACUUUUACACAUAUUAGAUCGAAGUUGACGUCUUUGUAUAUGCUGGAUGUCGAAUACUACAUCAGUUCAUUUUUAUUUUAUCUGCCUUUAAAUCAUUGCAUACCUUUACGUCAUAACAUUAAAAACUUGAUCACACACAAAAACACAGAUCUGUUCACAAUAUGCAUGUAUACCACAUGAUACAUAAUUACAUGCUUCGAAUAAAGUAAAACUAUU